AUGAUGGAGACGUUGGAAGAUGCGGAACUCUGCAUUCCACAACUGAACUCCUCCUGCAGGAAGCCAACACAUCCUCCCAAUACAGUUCUGCUGAUUUAUGUCCUGCUUUCCUGCGUUUCUUUCAUCACGGUGGCUCUUAACCUCCUGGUUAUCAUCUCUAUCUCCCAUUUCAGGCAACUCCACACCCCCACCAACCUCCUUCUCCUCUCUCUGGCCGUCUCAGACCUCCUCGUGGGCUUCGUGUUGAUGCCAGUUGAAAUCAUUUACAUCGAGUUGUGCUGGUUUCUUGGUGACGUUCUGUGCACGCUGUAUUACAUUUUUGACUACAUCAUCACCUCUGCCUCUGUUGCAAACAUGGUUCUCAUUUCUCUUGACCGCUACAUAGCCAUCUGUGACCCCCUGCGUUACCAUGGCAAAGUCACAGGGAGCACAGCACAGAUCUGUGUAUGCUUGUGUUGGAUUUGUUCUGUUUUUUACAGACUUCUUCUUUUAUAUGACCACUUGGAGAAACCAGGUAUGUCUAACUCCUGCUUUGGAGAGUGUGUGGUUGUAAUCAAUCAUAUUGCUGGAGUUAUUGACAUGGUUUUCACCUUCAUUAUACCCAUCACCAUAAUUAUAGUUCUGUACUUUAGAAUAUUCGUGGUGGCUGUGUCUCAGGCUCAAAUCAUGCGUUCUCAAGUGGGUGCUGCAAUUGGCCAACGUUCAGGGCCCGUAACGGCAAGAAAAAGUGAACUGAAAGCAGCCAGGACUCUUGGAAUUGUUAUAGUUGUGUUUUUGAUUUGUUUCUGUCCGUAUUAUUUUCCUGCGCUGGAGGGCGAGGACACUUCGAUCGAUGCUUCGUCUGUGGCCUUUGAGAUCUGGUUGGCACAUUUCAACUCCUGUUUGAACCCUGUCGUUUAUGCCUUUUUCUGCCCCUGGUUCAGAAAAUCUAUCAAGCUCAUCUUGACGCUUCAGAUACUGAAGCCCGGCUCCCGUAAUGCUAAGGUGCUGUAG